GCGCGCUGCACAGACGCUUUAACGGCAGUUGACAAAUAGCACAGUUGCCAGUUGGAGCACAGUAGCUGCAUUUGAGCAAAACGCUGCUUGUGGAGAGCAAAUAAAUAACAGUUAACCGUGUGCCUAUUGCUUUUGAGCGCGUGUUUCAUUUAUUUUUUUCUUGUUCUUGUUCUUGUUGUUGUUAUUGUUGUUGCUGCUGUUUGCGUACUUUUGUGUGGCGCGUGCUUUGCUGUUAUACUGCACUCUCCCCAGCGCAACAAUUGUAUUGCAUAGAAAAUGUUGACGCAUUGAGCUGAUUGACAACAAUAAUUGCCUGACGAACUGCAAGGUCCCCGCCCAAGGGUAGUGAGUAGAGCAUCGCACAGAAUGUCGGAUCAGCAACGCGCCUCGUUAUGCCCGCGACUCGUCGACUACAUGGCCAUUGUGGGUGCGCACACGACGCCGCCAAUGCCCAAGGGCAUGCAGGGCAGCAAAGCGCCGCCCGUUCAGGUGCCCGACUUGCUGCGACGCUAUCCACCAUCAGACCAUGCGGACUUUCCGCUGCCGCUGGACAUGGUGUACUUUUGCCAGCCGGAGGGCUGCACCAGCGUGGGACCGCGACGCACCGGCUCCGCCAUACGGGACAUGACCUCGUUUGUGUUUGCGCUAACGGACAAGGAUUCGGGCAAGACGCGCUACGGCAUCUGUGUUAAUUUCUAUCGGCCCAUCGAGCGGCCCAGCUCCGCAACGGCCGCAGUCGCCGAACGUGGCGGUCCGCCUGGCAAUGGUGCGCCGGGCGGACACGGUCCGGGCGGCAUCGGUGUCGGCGGCGGCGGGGGUGGAGGUGUGCGCGGUCGUCGCUCAUCGGCAUUUCGACGGGAGUCGUGGCGCAAGAGCAUGGAGCGCAGCUCGGACUCGGCGUUCAGCAGUUACGGCCUCUUAACUACUUCUAGCGACUACAGAAGUAACGUAGCGCCCAGCGAUUCGGAUCGUGAACUGACCUCGCGUCGCGACUCCGACCAGCAGCGUCUCCAUUCGCAUCAUUAUCCCCCAACACAGACCGGCAGCGGUGGCGGCGGCGGCGGCAGCGCCUCGGUGCCCAAAUUGGGUCUUAUGGCACCCUCAGCGGAUUCUGAAUCCGGCGGCAGUCAUUCGCCAUCGCCACGGGCCUCACGCAAGCGCACCAAGCUGCGCAAUCAGUCGCUCACCUCGCUCUGCAUCAUAUCGCAUCAUCCGUUCUUUACAACCUUCCGCGAGUGUCUCUUCAUACUGAAGAAGCUGAUCGAUGCCUGCAACGAGUCGUCGUCGCCGAAGCGUGUCGGCGCCUCGCAGAAACUCAAUCGGGACAAUGUGUGGACGGUGCUGACGGGUCAUGCCAGCGAGGCGACACCCUCCAUUGUGCUGCACGAUGUGCGCGAGAUCGAGACAUGGAUAUUGCGUCUGCUCUCCACGCCAGUGCCGGUGCCGGGCUCUACGCGUGUCGAGGUAGAGGUGCUGUCGCCAACUGUGCACGAACCAUUGCUGUUUGCACUACCGGAUCACACACGCUUUUCGCUGGUUGACUUUCCCUUGCAUUUGCCACUCGAGCUGCUCGGCGUGGAGACAUGCCUGAAGGUGUGGACACUGAUCAUAUUGGAGAACAAGGUGCUCAUCCAAUCGCGCGAUUAUAAUGCUCUCUCCAUGUCGGUAAUGGCAUUCGUGACCAUGCUCUAUCCAUUGGAGUACAUGUUUCCAGUGAUACCGUUGUUGCCCACAUGCCUCAGCUGCGCCGAGCAGUUGCUGCUCGCGCCCACGCCCUUUGUCAUCGGUGUGCCAGCCUCUUUUCUCAUCUAUAAAAAGAACUUUAGGCUGCCCGAUGAUAUUUGGGUUGUGGAUUUGGAUUCUACCAAGCUGACGCCACCAACAGGUGGAUACGAUGAGAUACCUCCAUUGCCGGAGCCCGAGGGUACCAUACUGAAGAAUCAUCUGAAACAGGCUAUGCUACUUAUGGAUGAAGCUGGACUUGGUGCUUUAACCUCGAUGACGGCCUCCAAUCAGGCUGUAUCCUCGCAGCAGCUGUUGCCCUCGGUGCGUGAUUGUCUCCAGGAGCCGCCGCUUUUGGGGGUCUCGCAAGUACGUUUGCCCCUGCAAACGCCUCCACACUCGGCACAGGCCAGCCAGAGGAACUCGAUGUCAGCGCAGGGCGGAAUGUUGUCCCGUCAGCCCAGUCCGAUGAAUUCGCCGGCAUUGAAUCCAUUUGUCUACGGCACCGACGUCGAUUCGGUGGAUGUGGCCACGCGUGUGGCCAUGGUGCGCUUCUUCAAUGCCCAAAAUACUUUGGCCAAUUUUGCGGAACAUACGCGCACAUUGCGUUUAUAUCCGCGACCCGUUGUCGCCUUCCAAAUCAAUAGUUUUCUGCGUUCGCGACCGCGUGCCUCCUCGUUCCUCAAUCAGUUUUCGCGCACGCAGGCGGUGGAGUUCCUGGCGGAAUGGUCCCUAACGCCGACAAAUGUCGCCUUUCUGCGCGUACAGACGGGCGUCAUGGAUCCCAUGCAGGUGGGCGAUAAGCCCAAAUGGUUUGCCCACUCCCUGACGCCCAUACGCUUCUCGGUGUGGGAUGACGGCAGCUCGCUAAACGGUGCGUUGCGCUCUUUGAAGCAGCUCGAGUGCCAGCCAACGGAUGAGAGUGGCUCGGACUCGGAGGGUGCCGACAGCAGCAGCUCCUCGUAUAGCUCGCUGAGCGAUUUUGUUUCGGAGAUGGCCUCAUCGGAUUUAUCGCCCAGUCUGCACGAUGUUUUUGGCUCCUACAAUCGACCGCAUGUCGUGCCGCAGACAUUGUCCUCCAAUCUGGAUCCGGCUCUGGUCUAUCAUCCGCCCAGCAAGCUGCAGUAUCCGGAGGGCUUGGCCGGACCAGCCACCAUCAAGGGGGAUGAGGAGCGUGCCGAUUCACCGGUAUCUUCCUCAUCCAGCCGCUCGGACCUGAGCUCGCCCAGCUUCAAUCGUGACUCGGAGUUUGAUUUUCAGCCCAAGCCCGUUCAGCCGGCGGCGUCGGGUGCCUUUGAGCUGGCCACACCGCUGGCCAUGCGACUCGAGGCGACAAUUAAGAUGGCCAGUCUGGAGGCCGAAUCGGAUACGACCUCCACAGUCACAGGCAAGACAAUAGCCAGCAGCAAAUUGCAGCGCAAUACCAGCGAUGUGGAGCGUACCGAAAAGAAGAUACCGCCACCGCUAACGCCGCCCGUUAAGCAACCGAGUGUCACCAAUAUAUUGGCUCGCACCGGCAGCUCCGGCUCCAGUUCGAGCAGUCCGGGUCGCCAGAGCUCGCAGAGUUCCCUAUUCGAAAACUUUGCCUCGCACGCCAAGGAGCUGGUGCGCGAGACGACGCGCCAGAGCAGCCAGGAGGGUCUGUUGGCCCAUGUGGAUAAGCAUGCCCAGGACGAAGAUCUAGAUGAUAAAAUGCGUCACACUUUCGAAAAGUUUACGCUGCACGCCAAGAAGGCGGCUGGAGAGGCUUCCAAGCAGGCAAUGGUGGUGUCCAAGCAGGCGGCUGGCGUUAGCAAGAACACAUUGGAGGAUCUCACCUAUGUGGGCAAAUCAACGCUGGGCGAUCUGACGAAGACGGCCAAGGAGGCCGCCACCAAGAAGGGCAUCAUCAAGAUUGAAGAGCAUGGUUCAGCGGCGUCCAGCCAUGCACCAGCCAUGCCCAGCUCGCAGCUGGCCACACAGAAGCAGGUGCAGCAAAGCGGCUGCGGCGGACCGGGCAACAAUUUCUUUUCCUCAAUUGGCACCGACUUCAAUGGGCUGGCCUCCACCACAACAACCAUGUUCUCGGGCAUGUUUGGCAAGAAGAAUCAACAGAAGCAGUCGGCUGUGCAGCACAAGCCGGCCAAUAUGGGCGGCGGUAAAAAUAAGUCGGCCAGCAAUUAUGAUUCGUUUCCCAGUCGCAAGGGUCUGGUGGAGCGUACGCCGCUGAUAAAGCAUUCGGGACCGCGGCAAACCCAGGAGGAUUUGACGCGCCAACAGAAUCAGGAGCGAUCGCACAGCAAUGCCGAGAAUCAGACAUUCCUCAAGGAUGUCACCAAUCAGGUGUUGGCCGGCGAGGGUGUCGGUUGGCUCAAGCUCAAUCGCUUCAAGAAGCUAAUGGAAGAUGAAUCCUAUCGCACACUCGUGCUGAGCAAGCUGAACAAGACGCUGGACAAGAAGAUAGCGCCCGAUGAUCAUAUUGACGAUGUGUGUGUGACCAAGCCCGUGUGGAAGGGCAUGCUCAAGUGUGUGCAAGCGAUUGCCGGCGGCCUGGACGCGACCUUUAGCAAUUUUGGUCUCGGCGGCAUGGCCUCCGUGUUCCAGCUAAUGGAGGUCGCGCACACGCACUUCUGGAGCAAGGAGAUCAACGAGGGCAGCGACAUGUCAUCCAGCUUGUUGUCGAGUCAUGCGGCUAGUCCCAUGGGCAGUCGCGAGAAUCUGCGCUCACCGAGCAGUCCGAAUGGCUCGCAUUCGGGUCUGGGCAGUGAGUGGGCCUCGCCGCAGGAGUCGCGCAAGAGCUCAACCCAUACGGCCCUGUCGGUCACAACGGCAGCGGCAGCAACAACAUCGGCCGCCGCCCGUCGUCUGUCCUCGGCGGACAGCCAGGAUGGACAGUCGACCACCGAGAUGUUCAAGGAUAUGUUGUCGCAGAAGAGAAGUGCCUUGAAGAAUAUGCUCACCUCGUUCGAUUCAGAUGCUGCUGGCUCCACGGGCGCGCUAUCCGUGGUCAGUGAUCUGCUGCCAGCUGGCAGUCUGAGCGUCCGCAUGCCAUCCAGCUGCCGUUCCACAGUCUCAGACACCGAAUACGAAAAUACCACCACAUCGAAGGAUUCGAAAAAGAGCACCGGAAAUUUGUGGUCCGGCAAAUCGACGCUCAGCGCCGGUUUCCGCUAUACGGGCGGGCAUUUGAUUAACACCUCAUCCUCGCCAUCGCCGGACAGUCCGCGUGUCUAUCUAUUUGAGGGCCUUUUGGGCAAGGAUCGCCUUAAUCUGUGGAAUCAAAUGCAAUUCUGGGAGGACGCCUUCUUGGAUGCCGUCAGUCAAGAGCGUGAUAUGAUCGGCAUGGAUCAGGGUCCCAUUGAGAUGAUGGAGCGCUACAAGUCGCUGAGCGAAUCGGAGCGUAAGCGCUUGGAGCACGAUGAAGAUCGCCUGCUGAGCACCAUGCUCUACAAUCUGACGGCAAUAUUGGUGAUGCUGAAUGUGAACAAGGAUGAGAUUCGACGCAAAAUACGUCGCCUGCUGGGCAAGAGCCAUAUUGGGCUUGUCUACUCGCAGGAGGUGCACAAUGUGGUCGAUCAGAUUAACAAUCUGAAUGGCAAUGACAUAGAUCUGAAGCCCCUGGGCUCCCGGCUGCUGCAUCGCCAAAGUUUUACCGUACACCAGGGCGUCGAUGUGAAUGGACCGUUGCGUUUUAUGGAGGUGCGCGACGAUGGGCUCGUGCUGCGCUCCGUGGACGGGACCAUUGUGGAGCGCUGGUGGUACGAGCGUCUGGUCAACAUGACCUAUUCGCCAAAGACCAAGCUUCUCUGUCUCUGGCGUCGCAAUGGCGGCCAAACCCAGCUGCAUAAAUACUACACGCGCAAGUGCAAGGAGCUGUAUAAUUGCAUUAAGGAGGCCAUGGAGCGAGGCGGCACGCCCACAAAUGUACCCGAAUUGGGCGGUGAGUUUCCGGUGCAGGACAUGAACACGGGCGAGGGCGGACUGCUGCAGGUCUGUCUCGAGGGUGUCGGUUUGUUGUUCUCCAACAGCAAGUUCUUUGUGCGUUUGGAUCACAUACGCAAAUGCUUUACACAGAAGGGCGGCAUUUUCGUAUUGGAGGAGUACAAUCCGAAGACGCGCAAUCUCAUCCAGCGAAAAUAUCAGUCUAGCAUGUCGGAUCAGAUAUGCUACUCGGUGCUGUGCGUCUUCAGCUAUGUGGCCGCCGGACAGGAUCAGAAGAAGAAUCCGGUGGUGAUAACGCCCCAAAUACAGGACAUUCAUGCGCAGCAGAAGCAGAAGAGUCAACAGAAAACCAGUGUUAACAACGCGCCAACAGCAACAGCAGCAACAGCUGCAGCUGCGCCAGCAAGGCAAAGCGUCGGCAACAAGCCCGGCAAUAUAACCAUAAGGCACACGGUGCCCAUCCAGAAGCCCACGAUAACCAUGUCGACGGUGCAGCCGAAUGCGAAGCUGCCACAGCUGCCACAGCUGCCGCCGCGCAUCCAAUCGCAGACAUCGCAGGAGAGCAGCAGCUGCAGCUCAUCGCCAACGGCGAAGCUGCGGCACGGACAACAACCGCCCGGGCCGCCGCCGGCGAUACCGCCGCGAACCGGCGCCAUUGCGCGCGCCGGUUCGAUGCAAUCGCCGCCGAGUCGACAUUUUGUGCGCCAGGCAUCGGCGAACUCAACGCCGCCCCAAUAUACGCCACAGCCGCCGCCGCCAUUUGUCAUACCCAAGCGUCUGGCGCGCGCCUCCACGCUGACAGCGGCCCCACAUCACAUGCAGCAGUCCCAAACUCAAGCCCAAUCUCAAUCUCAAUCUCAAUCCCAGCAGCAGCAGCAGCGCGCCAGCUACGGCAGCGUCGCCGCUGCGCUGCAGUCAUUGCCUGAGGGCAGCGUCGGGCACGUAGCCAGCGCUGGCUCCAAUUCCACUUCCAAUUCCAAUUCCAAUUCCACAUCCAAUUCCAAUUCCAAUUCCAACUCCAGCAUCAGCCCCAUUUCCGGCACUGGCCACGUAGCGGGCGCAUCGCCUCAGGCACAUCGCAAGCACUGACGAAGGAGCUCCUUCUUCAACUUUAGUUCAGCUACUGCUGGCGGGGGCGUGGCCGGAGGCGGCGGCGGCGGCGGCGGUGGCGGCGGCGGCCCCAAAGGCGAGGAGCCGCAUCCGCAGCCGCACAGACGCGACGUCUGUCGCACCAUUUGCAUACCCUGGCUUUAAGCGAAGCUCCGAUUAUAUUCUUGCAGCUUCAAAUUAGAUUCCCCUUUUUAGUCUCUAGACUAAUUUCAUGUUCCUAUAAGUCUAACAAUCGUCCGGCAUUUUGGUAAGGCCCUCAUCUAUUGGCUUCUAGCUUUAUAAUUCCGAUUCCCAUAGCAUAUAUAUUCUCUGGAUAUACUAGAUAUUCCGAAUGAUUUACAACUUAAGGAAGCUUCCUAGUCGCGACCUUAGCUCUUACGAUACUUGCGAUCCGUUCCCUUCUUAGGGAUACUAGAUAUUGCUAUUAAAUGUUCUUCCAACAGUUUUCAGUUUUCCCCUUUGGCAUUUUCCCAGAUUUACAAUACUGAAACUAUCACUGCUCUAUUAGAUAGUUAUCUAUCUAGAAUUCGGGUUCUUUACGCUUCCAAUAUUAUGGCACUCAAUUUUCAUAGAGACUGCUUUAAGCUAACGUUACGUUACAAUCACGCUCGAAAAAUACCUAUUGAAUAUUCUAGAUAUAUUCGAUAAUUCUUCUACUAACUAUCAGUUCCAUGAACCGAUAACUCUUACAGUUCUUUCAGAUAUGCUGCCAGGUUCUCGAUAAACCUCGCACCCAAUCUCUUUUUUAAGGUACAUUCCCAGAUGGUUUCCUCUGCUCUUCCAAACUCUGAGCUUAUGCAUUUCUUUGCGAACCUUCUGGUUGCUUGCUAGUUGCAAUUAUCUGGUAAAGUUUCUCUUAAGAAAUAGAGAUUACUUUGGUUACGCGUUUCCCAUUUCCCAAAGAUAAAUUCCUAAUGCUUUAUAAGAAGAACGAUCCGAUCCGAUUCGAUUCGAUUCGAUCGCAACCCUCGCUUGUUCCUAUGACAUCUGUUUAGGAUUAGGUCUGUCGGUUCGCUAGACACGAGUUAUAUAAUAUACUAUAUACUAUAUACUAUAUACUAUAUAUAUGUACGAUUACUCGAGCAUACAAUUGUUAUCUAUAUAUAAAUACUUGUUACACCUACUUAGCUACUGCAAGGGUAUUUACUAGUCUAGUCUAAAAAGUAUUGUUCUCUGUAUGGAAAAAAAAAAGAAAUUGUUCACAUAACACAUGCUAUAUACGAUACGAUAUAUAUACAGCAUACAUAUAUAUAUAUAUGUAUAUAUAUAUUUUAUGUUACCCAAUGCUAGCCUAGACGCAUCAUAUCAUUAGUUCACACACACACACACACACACACACACACACACACACACACAUAUGACUAGAGGAUUACGAUAUAUAGGAGAGUAACAGGCGAUGUAUAUAGAUGGAUUAUAUAUCGAAUAUGGGCACAAAACUAAACAAGAAGAACAAAAAAAGGAAACCACACAAAAUGGUAAUUGAAGGCAAUCUAGAUAGGGAAAUGUAACAUACCAAAAAUGUUAGAUAACAUAUACCAUAGAAUACCAUAUACCUAAAAGAAACCAAUUUAUUCCCAGGCUAAUGUCAAGGAAUUUAACUAGUUGUUAAACUAAAAAAAUUUCAAAAAUUACCUAAAAAAUAUAUUUAAAAAGAAAAGAA